UUGUAUUUAAUAGAAAUUAACUCCACGAAACAGUCAAGUGAAGGCAAACAGUCCGUGGAUAUCGGUAUCCCUUACAAGCCCCAUACACUUUUACCACAACGAUCCCAGCCUAAAAAGCCAGAGCUUGAGUCUUGUGCUCGAAAGCGUACUCUCGUGGUUCCCGUUAAAUCGGUUCAUUCGUUGCAAGAUGACACGCAUGCACCUACCCGACGCUUCACUGCUGCACAGCAUUACGAUAUUUUCACAAGCCUUUUUGGUCCAGAUCGCUACUUCGUUCCUCAAGUAAACCUGGGCUUGCACUAUGCUGAAUCACCCCUGGCCAACAGUCUAAACUCUUCUAAUCUUCACGAAGUGGAUGCUCAUCCGGUAUACACGGGAAAUAUGAUCGCUGCUGAACACGCUGUGAAGGAGCCAAAAAUAGAUCUCACUUCGGCUUCCGUUGAGUACAAAUGGACCCUAGUUAUGAGUUGUCCGGAUGAACCAAUUAACGAGAUUCAGUGUGAGACUCCCAUCAAUGANGAAUACGUUCACUGGAUUGUGUAA